AUGCUCGAACCCAACGAUCUGGAUUUGAAGGGUGAAUUCAGUGAUGUCUUGUUUAUAACCGGUCUCUUGUGCAAAGGAAGGUCGGACGAAGAUGUAGAACAGUUCUUAUCCAUGUCGGAGGUGAAUUUUGUCGAAGCCGAACAACAAAUCGAUGCUCCGGGUGGCGGCAAACUUUGGGUGCGCUGCGAAUCAAUUCGACAAGCCAAAAAGGUGCAGGCUAUUUUUCACCAACAAUCCUUCAAGGGGGCUGUCAUCAUGUGCCGAUAUGAACUUGGAUUCGACCCAGAAACUGGCAAACGACGAGUGUCACGAAAUUCCAUUCACACUACUUGCAUUCGAAGGGUUCAGCAACGGCGCGGGGAAAACAAUAAUCGAAACAAAGGAGUGGAUACCCAUACAGUACCAGCAAACUAUAGCUACAGGUCACUAUCAAUAGGUGAAAUGGAAUAUCCCUUUCCAUCUGGAGUCUAUCUUGCUCGUCUCAUAUCCUUGGUGCAAAAGUGGCCGAAUCGAACUGACGAUCCCUUGAUUGAAUUGGUCUCCAAUAAUUACAUUCCACCAAAUGCCAAAAAGAAGAAGAAGAAUCAGAAUCCCAGCAGUGUCUUUGGCAAUCGAUAUGCCAAGGAAAUUACUGAAAGCAUGGCCAUGGUGGAUGCAGUUGAGCGUGCCAUGAAACUCUGUUUGGGCCGGUCUACCUCCUCCUUCCGGCUAUCAGCAUCCACCAAUCGCAACAAUAAUGUUUGCGUUAGGGUGUAUUGUGUGGGAGAUGGCAAGUAUCCCGUCUCGGCGGCUGCCAUGGCCUUGAACUAUCCCUAUCCUGGUUGGGAAUUUAUAUCGAUUGAUCCCUUGUUGGAACCCCUGGAUAUUGAUAAUGCCACGAAUGAUCCCGAGGACAAUCAUCAUCAUAAUUAUGAUCGACAUCGACAUCGGCUGGUACAAUUCACUGGUUUGAGUCAGGACUAUGUUCUUCCAGAUCUUCCUGCUGCUUUUACAACGUCGAGUCCAGAUGAAUCAUCAUCAUCCGAGAUAGAAACUGAGUAUGUGGAUGUUGUGGUAGCCUGUCAUUCUCAUGCUCCACUCCAAGAGUUUUGGGAUCGAAUAUUGGAACGAAUUCAUUCUAGGUAUGGAUCAUCCUGUCGGGCAAUUGCAAUCACCAUGGCUUGCUGUGCCAACUAUUCCGACAUUACCCAGCCACCCAGCUUGGUAUUUGAUGACUACGAAGUGUACUCACCCAAACGGCAAAUUCGCAUCUACAAUAAUGACAACUUGUUUUGUCCCCAAAUAGUGAAGGAAGGAAGGAAGGAAUCGAUAAAGUCGAAUACUGGUGACAGACAGGCCUCGGUCAAAUAA